ACAACCCGCCUAACUGGUUCCCAACCUCGUGGCUCCCGCUCCAGCCUACACGAUUUCCCAAACAACCCUCUUGGAUCUCCCGCGCGCGAGAUCUUCCGUGAUGGCGUCACGGGGAGAACGCGCGCUUCUGUCGACUGCUUGCUUCACGUGAAGAAAUCGUUGCUUUGGUUACACAAUCACUGAGAAUGGGCGGCGGAGAGGAAAUGGGGGUGGGAUGUACGUUGGAGGCACCGCCCCGUUAAGUACCUGAACGCUCUGGUUUCGUCGUCACUGUCUGCUUGUAUUGCUUCGUGGAGCGGGAACUGGGUGAGGCUCUGCCUGGAAACUGGGACCGUUGCUUAGGCUGGAAUCGCACUCUCUGCCGUCUUGUACAGCUCCAGAUACACGCCGGCAUUAAGGAGGAUCCUUAAUCAGUUGGUCUGACAUCAGUUCCUGGAACAGAUAAUAAAGCACCUUGGAGACAAUGGAGUAAUUACUAGAACCCACUCAAGUUCUACACCUUGGAAAAGGGAGCUAAAUGCAUAGUUCCAAGAUAGGAGAUUCUUAGCUCAACAAUACUACAAGUGUGAAGGAUUUUGGAAUUCAUAGCAAAUGGCGGCACAGUGUGUAACGAAAGUGGAGCUGACCAUUUCUUGUAGCAAUCUUCUGGAUAAAGAUAUUGGGUCGAAGUCAGACCCACUGUGUGUACUGCUUCAGUACACAAGUGGACAGCAGUGGUACGAGGUUGAUCGCACAGAAAGAAUAAAAAACUGCUUGAACCCCAAAUUUUCCAAGAGAUUUCAAAUUGAUUACUACUUUGAGUUAGUCCAGAAGCUCAAAUUUGGGAUUUUUGACAUUGACAAUAAAACAGUAGAGCUGAGUGAUGAUGACUUCUUAGGUGAAUUUGAAUGCACACUGGGUCAGAUUGUUUCUAGCAAAACACUCACAAGGCCAUUAGUGCUGAAGAAUGGCAGACCUGCAGGAAAAGGAAUAAUUACGAUUACUGCUGAAGAAAUUAAGGAUAAUCGAGUGGUCAUAUUUGAAGUUGAAGCAAGGAAGCUGGACAAUAAGGAUUUUUUUGGGAAAUCUGAUCCAUAUUUGGAAUUUCACAAGCAGACCUCUGAAGGAAAUUGGGUGAUGGUGCACAGAACAGAAGUUAUUAAAAAUAACUUGAAUCCUGUCUGGAAGCCGUUUAAGAUCUCCCUCAACUCUUUGUGUUAUGGUGAUAUGGACAAAACAAUCAAGGUUGAGUGCUAUGAUUAUGACAGUGAUGGGUCACAUGAUCUCAUAGGGAUCUUUCAAACCACCAUGUCAAAACUGAAAGAAGCAUCUCGGCACUCACCAGUUGAAUAUGAAUGCAUUAAUGAAAAGAAGAAGCAAAAGAAGAAAAGCUACAAAAAUUCAGGCAUUGUGAGCAUUAAACACUGUGAGAUUAUCAUGGAAUGCACUUUCCUUGACUAUAUCAUGGGAGGUUGCCAGCUGAAUUUUACUGUUGGCAUUGACUUUACUGGCUCUAAUGGAGAUCCUCAUUCUCCACACUCCCUACAUUACAUCAGCCCAAAUGGGGUAAAUGAAUACCUGACUGCUAUUUGGUCUGUGGGGAUGGUCAUCCAGGACUAUGAUGCAGAUAAGUUGUUCCCAGCUUUUGGCUUUGGUGCUCAAAUCCCUCCCUCAUGGCAGGUGUCACAUGAGUUCCCAUUAAACUUUAACCCAUCAAACCCAUUCUGCAAUGGAAUUCAAGGUGUUGUGGAUGCAUAUCGGGUGUGCCUCCCUCAGGUAAAAUUGUAUGGACCCACCUACUUUUCUCCAAUCAUAAAUCAUGUGGCUAAAUUUGCUGCUGCAGCUACUCAGCAAAGAACAGCUUCACAAUAUUUUGUUCUCCUGAUUAUCACUGACGGAGUGAUAACAGACAUGGAUGAGACCAGAUCUGCCAUUGUUAAUGCUGCCAAGCUACCUAUGUCCAUUAUCAUUGUUGGUGUUGGAGGAGCUGAUUUCAGUGCCAUGGAGUUCCUAGACAGUGACAGUGGAGCUCUGAAAUCUCGUUCAGGAGAAGCAGCUAUUAGGGAUAUUGUCCAGUUUGUGCCAUUUAGACAGUUUCAGCAUGCUCCCAAAGAGGCUCUUGCCCAAAGUGUCCUGGCAGAAGUGCCACAGCAAGUAGUGAACUACUUCAGCACAUUCAAGCUCCAGCCUCCAAACAGGCCUACAACCAAGCAAGCGGAGAGCUGAGCAGGAAAUGCAGGCGUCAGUUCCUGAGAUGGGGGAAUCCCUGUACCACCUGCCUUUGUGGUGCCAGUGCAGUGUGGUGGAGAGAAACGCCUUUUGAAUGCAUUGCAUAAGACAUGAACUGUAAAGCUAGCCUCACUUACUUUCAUUCUGAAUUGCCAAAGGUGUAUUUUGUUUAACAGUCCAUUGCAGAUGAGAUUAAAAAGUAGUUCAGGCCUACAAAAGUUACAGUAUACAUCUUCAGGAAAACUGGAGUCCUUUCUUUCCAUAUUAUUUGCAUUUUUAGCAAAUACCUUCAGCACUGUCUCAUCCCAAAUCAGAAGCUGUUUUUGAAAAUGCUUCCUUGUAUUUUGUUGUGAGCAAGCCACAAUUAUACAUAUUUCUCCUGGUUUUAUUUGUGUGCCAUCAGUGAAAUUGUUUUGGCUGAUUUGUCUAAAAUGAUUGUGCAUUGUGUAAUAGAUGAAUUAUGUAAACUUGGUCCAAACAGGAAAACACAAAAUCAAUGCUAACAUGCAUGCAUGUGCUUUCUUCCAAGACCAAGAGUGCCUACCUUCGGUGCCCUUGUUUCACUUCAUGUUGACAUUAUCCUGGCACUACAAUUGUGUUAUAGUGAGGUGUCAGGUUGAUUUUUUAUUGUGACCAAUAAAUGCCAUAUCUACUUUUGUGGAUAGUAAUUCAUUUUGAAAUAUUAGUUGUUCUAAUUGAAGAGGUUAUCGCUAAAAGUCUGUAUGUUCAGUGGGUCUCUUGUAGCAGGCUAUUGAUUACUUUCAGUUUUUGUUAUGUAAACUUUGCACGCUUUUGCAUAACAUUUUAAAUUUUGAUCAGUGGUAGCAAAGCCAAGCCACCAGUGACUUAGUCAUUGAAAGGAAAACUAAGUCCCUGAAAUGUAGAAAUACGUUGUAGUCGGCUAUUGUAUAAUCAUUAUUUACUGGAUCAUUACUUCCUUCUUUCAGAAUAAGCUGCGCUUUGACUCCAAAAUCGACUCCAUAUGUUGAAUGAUGCCAUUAUUCAUUAACCUGAUUUGCCUGAACCAAACAACACACAGCCAUGCAUGAGUGGGAGGGAGUGAGCAUGUUGCAUGCAGUAUAUGAGCUUCUGCUUUUGUCCAGCAGUGCACAGUCAGCUGCUGUAGGUUGCUGAAUGCCUGAACUCAGACCUCUGGGUUAUUUAGGGGCUCAACAACUGCGCAGUUAACCUGUGGUGUGUUGUUUGCUGUGUUGUAUGGUUAACUGCCUUGUUUAUCAGUUUUCCUUGGCCUGUCACACUCAGCCACCUAUACAGGAGCCAAAUGUGAGAUAUUGAGUAAAAACAGAAAUGACAGUGUGCCCACAUUCUCCUUCUCCCUCACCCGUGGAUUGCCUUACAUGUGUGCUGGUUCAUUUUCAUUCUGAAUUUAGCAGUCCUGCCAAUAUCACUGUAUUUUAUAGGGAAACCCUACAGUAAAGUCUUAUAUUCUCCAUCUGGGAUUUUACUUUGUUUGCAGACUUGUCACUAGCAAAAGAAAACAGUAUUUUAUACAGGUUCUUAUCCCCCAUGCACUUCAUUCCUUGCAGUAUCUAAACUUUGCUGCACCUUUUCUUAAGACAGGCCAUCUCACAGCAGUAGUGUGGUCUCAACCUUGCAAAGUUUAUAAUUGACUGCUAAAUUUAUGUGGUCUUGAUCUUUUGAACAUCUCCUGGUAACUUAAUUCUAGAGCAAAACCUUUUAAAUAUUACUAAAAGAUUUACUUAGUAACAAAGUUUAUUUUACUUUGCCACUCCCUGUGCUUUUUCAGCAUGAAUUUCUUGACAACACGUUAGCACCACCUUGUGGUAGAAUAUAAUUACUGUUUCUGUAGCAGAAGGAACACCUACUUGUUACUAUUUCCUAUUUUCAAAGCAGAACUGUAGCUCUGAGGAAAACAUUUUGUAUUAUGGGCUUUGCGUGAACUGCACCAGACCUUUGAGUUCCCUUUUCUCUGAAGUCAGGUAGUUCUAGCUACCUCCUGCUUUUCUACUUUUAAACCACAUCAUUCACAUGGGCAUGUAAGCUGCAUGUGUACAUGUGAAACAACAAAUGGAAUCUAUAGAAGUCUUUAAGCUGAGGUGUGGUGUGUACAUAAUGAAUUUAUGUACUGUAUUCUUACAAAAGGGAAAUACCAAAAGCUUUGGCUGGAAUCAUGAUAAGCCAAAACAAACAGAACAAUAGUUUCGUUCUUCAGAAUGAAUAGGAAACUCAAAGAUGUUCCUUGCCCCUUGAGUUCUUUGCAUCUGACUGUACAGGACCUCAGCAGUGCAAUAUUCAAAAUAAAAGGUGUCAUUAAGGAUGCUUGGAUGGGGCUUAUGCUUUCUGACUGGAAGAUUGGGAUGCUUCAGGAUUUGGCCAUGACUGCAGCCAGGUUUUUAACUGGCUAAUUCAAAGGUGCACGUGUAAGUUAGUUGGCAGGGUGGUGCCAUGGCAAUCCAGUAGGAAUUGUAUGCAUGUAUGUAUGGUUACAGGGAACAAAGAGGGGAAGCAAGUAUGUUCUGUUACUCCUAUCUCUCUGUGGCAGUUCCAGAAUAUUAGCAACUUUCCUGGUACCUUUUCAGUCUGCUUCAUUAACCAAAAAUGUAUUCUUGUGCAAAGGUAAUGCCUUUGGUGAUACCAGUUAAAUCAAUAGCAUGCCAUACAUUUGCCAUACAUAUUUCAGAAAGCUAGAACAUCUGAACCUGCUUUGGAACAAAGGGUAGGCAACCUGUCUUCCUUCAGAUGUGUUUGAUUGCAGUUCUCGUCUGCCUCAGCCACUGUAGUCAAUGGUCAUGGGAUGUAGUUAUCAUAUUUAGGGGCUGCAAACUUGCCUACCCUGUAAUAUGCUGUUACUUGUAUAAUACUGUUUCCUAUAUUUGAUGAUGAUAAAUGUGAUAGAAUCUUAGUGCCAUACAGAACAAUUUAUUAAACUCCUCAUUCUUCCUAA